AUGAAAUAUAAGAGUAGACAAACUGUUCUAGAUCACCUUAUAUGUUCAGGGUUCCGACCUGAAUACUUGAAAUGGGUAUAUCAUGGGGAAGGCACAACGGUUGCAUCAACGAGCACAACCCAUAAUGAGGAAGAACAUGUAUUACACCACGAAAUGCAUGAAAUGUUGGAUGAUAUAUUCGUAACAGAAGGUGGAAAUGGAGUCGGGAUGCAUGAGACUGCGUCAAGUAAUAGUGAGGAGACGAAUACCAGAAGAAGCACAUUUGAUGACCUUGUGAACGAAGCUGAAGAAAAGGUGUACCCAAAUUGCAAAUACAACAAGUUAUCUUGUGUGGUGCAUUUGUACCAUUUAAAAUGUCUCAAUGGAUGGAGUAACAAAUCUUUUAAUAUGUUGUUAGAGUUUCUAGAGGAUUUAUUACCGGAAGGAAAUUUGUUACCUAAAACAACACAUCAAGUGAAGAAAAUCAUGGCCAACUUGGGAUUAAGAUAUGAAAAAAUCCAUUCAUGUCCUAAUGGUUGCAUGUUGUUCUGGGAUGAUAAAGAGAAAGAUGAAGUUUGUUCUUUUUGUGGAUCUUCUAGAUGGAAAGUUUAUGAAGCUAGUCCAGAAGAUGAAGAGAGUCCUCCCAAGAAGAAGGCUUCAAAAAUAUUACGGUGGUUUCCUUUAAAGCCUAGACUUCAAAGACUGUUUAUGUCAUCAAAGACAUCUAAUCUUAUGAAGUGGCAUCAUACAGACCGUGUGAGAGAUGGAAAAUUGCGACAUCCAGCAGAUGCCCUAGUUUGGAAAGAUUUUGAUGAAAAGUUUCCUGAAUUUGCUAGUGAUCCCCGUAAUGUUCGUCUAGCUCUUUCAAGUGAUGGCUUCAACCCAUUUAGGAUGAAUGUGCCACAUAGUAUUUGGCCAGUUUUUCUGAUUCCUUACAAUCUGCCACCAUGGUUAGUUAUGAAGCAACCAAAUUUUAUUCUUUCUUUAAUCAUCCCAGGUCCUAAAGGUCCAGGAAACAAGAUAGAUGUGUAUAUGCAUCCUUUGAUAAAAGAAUUGAAGGAGUUAUGGGAGGAUGGAGUUUCUACAUUUGAUGCCUCAACGAAACAAUACUUCCAGUUGAAGGCAUCUAUUAUUUCUACCAUAUCCGACUUUCCAGGCUAUGCCAAUCUGUCCGGGUGGAGCACUAAGGGAGCACUUGCAUGUCCUGUAUGUGGUUUUGAUACUGAUUCCAAUUGGCUUAGUCACGGCAGAAAGUGGUGUUACAUGUGUCAUCGAAGGUGGCUUCCAUCUGACCAUCCUUGGCGUUCAGACACAAGAUCCUUUGUUGGACACCAUGAAUUCAGAGCUGCUCCUGUUUCUUCUUCUGGAGAGGAGAUUCUACAACAACUAGACAACACAGAAUUUCUUGUCGACAAUGAUGUUCAUGGUCCAUGGAAGAAGAAAAGUAUUUUUUUUAUGUUGCCAUAUUGGGAGCAUUUGUUGUUGCGCCACAAUCUUGAUGUUAUGCACAUUGAAAAGAAUGUUUGUGACAACAUAGUGGGGACUAUAUUGGGACAAGAAGGAAAGUCAAAAGAUAACUAUAAAACAAGACUUGAUUUACAACAAAUGGGUAUAAGGAAGGAACUACAUCCAAAGAAGCGGCCUAGAAGUAAUAUCACUUUCAUGCCAAAAGCUUGCUAUCAAAUGACUCGGGGUGAAAAGACUCAAUUUUUAAAAAUCCUCAAGUCAAUCAAACCUCCCGAUGAAUUUUCAUCUAAUAUCUCUCGAUGUGUACAGUUAAAUGAACGCAAAUUAAUUGGGAUGAAAAGUUAUGAUUGUCACUUGUUGAUGCAAGAAUUAUUGCCGAUUGCAUUACGUGGAACUUUACCAGACCAUUUACUCUCACUUUAUGCAAACUAG